AGCAUUGGCUUGUGCCAGCUAACUGCACAGAUACUGUAGAUAGAUUCUCAAAACCACCCGGUCCUCGCGCAUAGUGAUGGCAAUGGCUCGCAGGAGAUGCUCAGCCCUACUGAUGGUGGCAGUAGUCUUUUCCGUUCAUUUGGCGAGCAAUUUUGUCACACCUAGUUAUGCGGCUCCUGCUACGGGGCUUCGUGUGACACGAAUUUCCCAGCCUGGACUGGCGAAUAGUGGUGCUGUGGGCCGCCCUCACGGUGCAACAGCGCUGCAAGCCUUUGAUGGUAUGGACGGUUUGGACUCGGUCUCCAGCGCUAUGGAGCUUCCCAUUGUGAUCGGCCAAGCUGCGCUAGGACUGGCAGCCAUCUACGCCAUCAUGUCUAUGGCUGAGUACGUGUACCAUCGCUACUUUCAACAUUUGGGAUUGAACAAAGUCCAGGCGGUUCGAACCGUGAGAAAUACGCUGCAGCUUUCGGCAUUCCAAGGUGAUGGACAUGUGGAGCACCACCGGGAGACGCUGGAUGACAUGUCUCUGGACAUUGAGCCUGGACGUGAAGUGGUCUUGGACGAAGACCCAUUCCGAGGUACAAGCUUUCCCUGGGAGGGCACGUUGAAGAUGUCUGCUGGUGUUAUGUUGAUGGCAUAUCCUACCCUGACCUUCAUUGGUUGGGCCCCGCAGGUCAUUGUGCCUGUGGUGGUGUCUGCAAUGCUCCUCCAUGCGCUUGUUUGGAAUGCGCUGCACCCAAACAUGCAUGGCCUCCCCGAUGUACCACUGGAGGUGGGUGCUCCAAGCUUUGUGCUCAAGAGCUUCCGCGAGUCGGCGCUUUUCAAGUACCUGCGGAGCAACCACGAAGGCCAUCAUCGUGCAGUCGGAUCCCAUGGCAAUUACAAUGUUUGCUGCCCUGGUGUCGACCAGAUUGUUGGUACCAACGUCGACCCCUUGACAGGUGUGCCAACACCUAAACCAGUACCAGACUGGGUAGCACCACUAUGCAUUUUGGCCAUCACACCACUGAUGCCUGCGAUGGCGUUCAUUUGUUUGCUGGUGCUCGUGACCUACCCACCUUUGCCCAAAGCAACUGCAAAGUAAGUCCUUAGUGAUAUCAAGGCCCUUCAGCGCUUUGACGACUUGAACUUAGACGGCUUCUACCUGCUGAGGGGUCGGAAGUGGCAGCGGCAAUAAAAUCCAACUGUGCUUAGUUUGCUU